UUAACAAAAGUAUUUUAAGUUACAAUCUAACCAGUGGGAAACAAGAAAAGGUGGUUACUGAUCUCCAGAAACCGAUGGACAUUCACGUUUAUGAUCCAUCCAUAUUCAGGUUCUAAUAUGACUGCUCAAAACACUUUGGAGUGCAGUGAUUUCUUGCUUCCGCUGCCAGGAGGACUCAAAUGCGCAUGCCCAAAGACUGAUGGGAAAAGUUGUGAUAAUGCAUCAGUAAGCCGCUGUCCGCAGCUGUGUGCUCCCUACAACGGAAGCUUACAGUCCUGUUCUAAUCUUCCCGGACAAACCUGUCGGUUUUCCUGUGACAAAGGAUACCUUCCAAUGGGAUCCGCAACGCGGACCUGUAGAGACAAUGGCACGUGGAGUGGUGCGGAAACUCAAUGCAACGUGAUCAACUGCUCCAAGCUUAUGGUCAGUCAGGGAGGUCCAUUGCGUAUGAGCAGCUGUGGUAAUCAUUACGGAGCAAAAUGCAACUUUUCCUGUCCCAUUGGUCAUCUCUUGAAGGGCUCCUCAUCCCUCACGUGUGUUACCCAAAAAGGCAGUCCUUCAGGCUCUUGGGACAAACCUUUGCCAACGUGUCAUGCUGUUAUCUGUGGUCCCCUUAUUCCUCCAACCAACGUCACCAUCUCGCCUGCCAGCUGCUUAACGAGUAGUAGAUAUAAUCAGACAUGCAUAUUUUCCUGUCAGACCUCGAGAUAUGUUCUCAUUGGAUGCUCUUCGAGAGUAUGCAGUAAUGACGGGAGUUGGACAGGAUCCAAUAACGCUCGCUGCAGACUGUCCAAUGAUGAAAUGAAAUUAAAUACUGAAGACAGAACUCCUCAUUAUCAAUUGGCUUGUGGAAUUUUAGCUACAGCUGUCAUUUUAAUCUUAAUUAUAUUCACUUUCAUUUAUAAGAAAAAGCUUCGUGGACCCACUAGAGAGAGACCACCGCUGACGACCAAUCAGUUUACUGGUGUGGCUAUAAGAGAUCGAAGCAACCAUGGAAAUAUCCAUUGCGAAGAUAAGAAGUUGGAGAAGGUAAACUCUCCACGGCAAAAUUCCAAGGAAAGUAACGUUCCUGAGGUGACCGCUGGAAGCUCCACCUCCUCAAUUCUAAAAGAACUUGGAAGGGAUAAUUUCGGAAUUAAAUCAAAACAAGGUAUCUUCGUCACCGUCAUUGCUGUAGUUUCUAUCAGUAGGUAAUACCGUAGAUUUCCAGGUAGUGGGGGCUGUUAUUCUAGGAGAGGGCAUUACUCUGAAGCCCUGUUAAGCCCCCCCUUACCCCCUCCCCCCUGUACAGCGCUUUUCUUUGAAUGAGCACCCCUCCGACCGAGCAAAUUUUUUUAAAGAUUUCCUCGUCCCUCGACACAUUUUUAUGGAGGAGUGAUCACAUUUACCGACUUAGCUGGUAUAGGAGAGUUUUCAAUGAGGUGAUGACUUUAGUCUAACGGGUUAAUUGGCCAUUUUACGGCUAACAGUUAGUUAACUUCCUUUUGUACGACUAACGUCUACGAUUUGUCAAUUUGUACUCGUUCUUGGCUAAAUUUCGUGUCCGUUUUAUGGCUAGCGGUUAACCCAACUGAGACCCUGGUAUAGGCAAACAUACGAAUUUCUCGCGGAAUUUGAGAUAAAUCAGUUAAUCAAAUUGCACAAGCCCAUAUGGUGAGUGCGAUUUGUGGUCUUUGAAAUAUUUACGAGUGAUGAUUUAUCCCAAAUUACAUGAGAAACAUUUGUGUGAUUUCUAGUUAAUAACAAACAUGCAAAAAUAUGACUGUUUGCCUCUCGAGUUUUUUUUAUUUCGUGUCAUGGCUCACUGGAUCUGUCACUUGUCUUUUUCCUGUUGGUGGAGAAGUCAGGAUUUUCCCAACCGCCUCCCGGUUAGCUCAAAUGGUUAAAGCGCUGGAUUGUGCUGUGC